AUGCUGCUGCCUGCUUUCGCAUCGGACUCGGACCGCCUCCUCCCGUCCGACCGAGCACUAGCGCACGAUGCUGCGACAGCAGCACAAUGUCCAGCGAUUAGCGGACCAUGUAGGUGUGCACCGUCGAUCUAUGAGCCUGUAGCUAUUAUUUGUGAGAACGCAGGAAGUUUAAGCAAUGCUCUACAGGCUAUCCAGCCGGCUAGGGAUAUCUCUAUUGAUUCUCUUACGAUUCUCGACACUGCAAUUCCAAACAUUCCGGCUAACGCAUUCGUGGGCUUCACAAUCCUACGACUAGUACUGAACCGUAACACACUACAAUCAAUCGAUGAUCAAGCGUUCAAUGGGCCGCUGAUCGAUUCGUUGGUCGAACUUGAUCUGAACGACAACAAUCUUGGUCAAAUACCACAAACAGGGCUAACUCGGCUACGAAAUCUCAGGAAACUCUAUUUGAAUCGGAAUCGUAUCAAUACGUUGGCAUCGAAUGCGUUUGCCGGUUAUGAAAGCAAGGAUUUGCUGAUUAAGCUUUCCUUGGCAGGAAAUCGACUCACGGAUCAAUCGCUUACUGAUACAGCAGUGUUUCGUCCUCUUCGACUACUGCAGGAGCUUUCUUUGGAGACGAACGCAUUGACUGCUAUUCCGUCAGCGGCUUUGGUUAAUCAACGUGGCACGUUAACGAAUCUCAAUCUUGGCUUAAACAAUAUCAAUGAGGUUCCAGUUGGUGCACUGGAUUUCCCGAAUCUAACUUCUCUUUCGCUUGAAUUCAAUGGAAUAACCGUAAUUCCUCCUCAAGCGUUUCAAGGUGUACCGAAUUUACAAUACUUGUAUCUGACGGGUAACAAAUUCCCGUCAUGGGCUCCAGAAAUGUUCCGAUACAUCACACAGCUAAGAACACUUGGAAUCGGGGAGACACCAAUAUCUGUCAUUCCUAACAAUGCUUUUAUGCAUAUUCCGCAUCUGAUUCGACUGGAGAUGUCCGAGGCAGCCAUCGAUACGAUCGAACGAGGCGCGUUCCAACGAACUCCACAAAUCCAAGCUAUUGUCCUGAAUAAGAAUCGCCUCUCACAAAUUCGAGCCGAUUUCUUCGAGGGACUCAAUGAUCUCUAUUCGAUCGAUGUGCAGGGGAACCGCAUUGAGAAUGUUCAACCGCUUGGUUUCGCCAACCUUCCAUCUCUAAGCCAUUUAGAUAUCAGUUACAAUCAACUUCAAACGUUGCCGGAAAAUGUGUUCAUGAACUCCUUCCUUCCUCGUCCAAAUGAUCGACGUGUCAUCUAUUGCUGCGGAAACCCAUGGUUCUGCAACAAUGACCUGCUCUGGUUCCGACAAAUGCUUCGUGAUAAUCUCGACAUCGACAUCGAGAAACCGGGUUGUCUUGCCGUUUGCGCUGCGUCACCGAAUGGAUGCCCGCCUGAAGGAACUCCACUACGAGCCGUCGAUUUCUGCAUGGAGAACGAAGAACCACAACCUCUUACCGGGAAAGCCUUAUCAUUGGUUGGAUGGAUUAUACUCGCGAUCAUCAUGACAAUACUUCUUAUAUCGAUUUGUUUACUUGCAAUGGUUCGAUACGGUAUGAGCCAUCGUAGAAAAAAGCAAAAGGAUCAGGAAAUCGAGGAUGAUGCGCGAAUGAUGUCAUCGGCAGCGUCCGUAUAUGGUGUCGGUCCAGUGUCGGUAAUCGAACGACCUUACUCAACAGUGCCACCAGUGAGUCUCGACCUUCCAGCUGCACAUACUCUUGACGACAGGGCAAGCAACUAUUUUUACUAG